UGGACAUAUGUGUGUGUAAGUCACCGCCAAAGCACAAGUGUGUGACCAGAGAGAUACACCGCGCACUGAAGCUCCUCUCAAUCAACAGCCCUUUUCCACCCUGACCACCCUCUUCAGUGUUAGUUUUGAUCGAGCGCCAUAGGAAAUCCAUCUGUGUGCGUCACCACUGUGCCCUGUAACCUGGGGGACACACACCUCUCCCCUGCCGCUUUCUCCACUCCCACUUUUUCUGUCCAACCCCGCCCUGCUUCAUCAUGGAUCUCCUGGACCUGGGAGAGGUCGGCAGUGGCUGCGAGGAUGAAAACUGUGGCCUUGCAUCCGCCUUCCCGGAGAACUGCUCAAACCAAGCGUGCCAGUGGGAGGAACCUGUGUUUGGAUUGAUUGAGUUAGUGUGUGUGACUGUCAUUUACAUUCCACUGAUGCUCUUCGGCCUUCUGGGAAAUAUACUAACAAUUCUGGUGGUUUGGCUCCGACCGCACAUGAGAAGCUCUACUUACCUCUACCUGAGCAGCAUGGCUGUCAGUGAUCUGUUGAUACUGCUACUGUUACCUCUGGAUCUCUAUAAGCUCUGGAGGCCCAGGCCCUGGCCCUUAGGAGACCUUGCAUGUAAGCUGACGAUGUUCCUCUCAGAGUGCUGCACUUUCUGCACCAUCCUUCACAUCACCUUCCUCUCCCUGGAGAGGUACCUGGCUGUCUGCUGGCCAAUCACUGCCAAGACCCUGGUGACACGGCGCAGAACCAGGGCUCUCAUUGGCUGCCUCUGGCUGGGUGCGGCCGUCAGUGCAGCGCCAGUUUUGGUCAUGGUUGGAGCGGAGGAUGUUGGGGGAGAAGAGCUAGGGCUCGGCGGAUGGAGGGAGGGUGGAGGGUGGACCGGCAGGGAAGGAGAACAGGGCGGAUUUAUGAUAGGUGGAAAGGAAAGAGGAAGUGGACAUAUGGCCUUAAUGGACGGAGCACUGGAGGGAAUAAAUUGGGAGGAAAAAGAGAAAAAUGGAUGGGAUGAAAGAGUUUGGUCUGCAGAGAAAGGAGAGAGGAAACUGGGUGUAGGAGAAAGAGAUGAGACAAAACAAGGAGAUGAGGGAGGAGGUGAAGAAGAAGAAGGAAAGAUGAAAGUCAAAGGAGAACAGCAAAAUAAAAUGAAAGAAGAUGAGGGAGGAGGAAGGGAAGAAGGUGUUGCUUCAGGUCAAGGAGGAGAGAUUGACAAUAGAGAGUGCCGCUGCACGCACUACGCUGUCUCCUCCGGCCUGUUGUCGGCCAUGAUGAUUCUCUCCAACUUGUACUUCCUGAUACCCCUCUGCAUCUUGGGUCUGGUUUACAGCCUGAUUGGACGGACUCUGUGGCUUCGCCCGCAAAGCAGCCGUAGAGACCAGAGUCAUCGGCACACCGUCAAAAUGCUUGGAGUGAUUGUCUUGGCAUUUGUCCUGUGUUGGCUGCCCUUCCAUGUGGGUCGGACCAUCUUCUCUCUUUCUCUGGGCACCGGUUCUGAUAGACAGGAAGCAUACACAGACACAAACUCACACUUGGACAUUAACACUCUCUCUGAUGUCAGUAUAGACAGAAAUAUCAACAUACACAACCGCCAGUCAGACUCAGACAAGACCUCCUCCAAGACUGGGAAUAUGACUGCACACACUUACGCAGAGAGAGAUGGAAUGUUCUGUGAUAUCUGUGCAAAAACCAAAGUCAAAAUCAACACGCACACUGAUGCAGAUACACAACUGGCAGACACAGAGACACACACUGACAUGGGCACACAAUCUGAUGCUAUGAGCACAGAUAAACACUUAUAUUCUCAUAUUGUAUCACACACCAGAGGGCAACAUAUAAACACUGGCACAAGCACACACAAUCUGGAUCCUAGCACUGAAACGGGUACACACACAGAACUAUCACAUUCCAAUACUAGCUUUCAUACUGACACACACACCAACAGGUCGAGCUGGACAUCUAUUUCCAUAAACUCACAAAACAACACACAUAAUUCCACACCUCCCACUGCAGACACAGACACAUACAGAAUAUAUAAUAACACACACACUGACACACCCUUCAACAAUACAUACACGCACCCUGACACACACUAUUUUUUAUACUAUCUGUCUCAGUAUUUUAACCUGGUGUCCUCUGUCCUCUUCUACCUCAGCGCUGCUGUCAAUCCUUUAUUGUACAACCUGAUGUCUGCCAGAUACAGACACGCUGUGCACAGCCUCAUACACACACACUCUCACACGCCGUCUCACCGCCUGCGCACACUCACGGCACGGCACUCCACCACCACUUUGUAA